UUGAGGUGUUAUCAGCUUGAGAAGAUGAGGACUCUGACGCUGUUCGUUUCGGCGCUGGCAGUGGCCGCGGCCGCCGAUAGGGUUAUCUUCUGCUACCUGGGCAGCUGGGCGACCUACCGGUCUGGGAACGGCAAGUUCGAGGCGGAGAACAUCCAGCCCGACCUCUGCACGCACCUGGUGUACGCCUUCGUCGGGAUCUCCACCUCGGGCGAGGUGGUGCUGCUCGACGCGUUCAACGACCUCGCCGACAACUACGGCAGGAACGCGAUGGCCCGCUGCCAGAAGCUCAAGACCCAGAACCUCAACCUCAAGGUCCUCGUUGCCAUCGGCGGCUGGAACGAGGGCUCCGAGAGGUACUCGGCGGUCGUGAACAACGACACCUUGCGCGCCGUCUUCGUCGACAGCAUAGUGAACUUCACGGCGGGCUACGGCUUCGACGGCUUCGACAUCGACUGGGAGUACCCGGGGCUGCGCGGCGGCGCGCCCACGGACAAGGCCGCCUUCGCGCAGCUGCUGAAGGAGCUGAGGCCGCGCUUCACCGAGAAGGACCUGGUGCUGACGGCGGCCGUCGGCGCCGGCAAGACCACCGUCGACGCCGCCUACGACGUGCCGAGUCUCUCCGAGCACCUGGACUACAUCAACGUGAUGACCUACGACUUACACGGCUCGUGGGACGGCGUGACGGGGCAGAACGCGCCGCUGUACCCCAGCGCGAUCGACGCCGACCUCACCCUCAACGUGGACGCGGCGAUCAGGUACUGGGUGUCGCUGGGCGCCAGCCCGGCCAAGCUCGUGCUGGGCAUGGCCACCUACGGCCGGACCUUCACUCUGACGAGCUCCGCCGUCAACGGCCUGGGGGCUCCCGCGUCCGUCGGCGGCACCGCCGGCAAGUACACCGCCACCGCGGGCACCCUCGGCUACAACGAGCUCUGCGAGCUGAACCUCACGUCGCCGUGGACCGUCGUGUGGGACGACGUGCAGAAGGUGCCAUACGCUCACUCGGGCGACCAGUGGAUCGGCUACGACGACGUCCGCUCGCUGGCCAUCAAGAGCGAGUACAUCCUGAACAACAGCCUGGCCGGGGGGAUGAUCUGGAGCCUGGAGACGGACGACUUCCUGGGGCUGUGCCACGGGUACAAGUUCCCGCUGCUGAGCGCCAUCAACCGAGUGUUGAACGGCGGCGGGAACUCCCCGGGCAACAGCACCACCAGUAGCACCACCGCCAGCACCACCACCACCACCACCACAACCACAACCACCACCACCACGGCAUCUCCCGCCAACACCACCUCCCAGGGCUCAACCGGCGCGAGCGACGCCUCGGCGCUAUGCAGCGCAGAGGGGUUCGUGCGCGACCCCAGCAACUGCCAGGUCUUCUACCAGUGCCAGCUGGUGAACGGCGCGUUCGUGGCGCACAAGUUCACGUGCCAGGACUCGCUCUUGUUCGACACGACCUCGAACACUUGCAACUUCGCCGCGCAGGUGACGUGCUGACUAGGCGGCCCUUGCAUGCUGGUGAUAGUUUAUUUUAUCAAUUCGUUUGCACAUACAUUCAAUUUAUAAUAAUUGUAAUAUUGUUCAAUUGGUUAGAACUUUGUGUGUAUAUAUAUAUAUGUAUAAAUGUUUAAUAUAUUCAAUAUAUUUUGAACUAAAAGAUAGAGGAACUUGAAUGUUGUGCAGUCGGUAACAGUAAAAGCUGUAGAAGAAUUCACAUAGUUUUUUUCAGAUUAUCUUUCAUGCACAAUAGUUGGAGACAUGAUUAUUUCGAAAAUUCACUUCAGGCGAGAUUGAACUUUCCUUUAUAUUGUCAAUACACUUUAAAAACAUUUUAUUACUGUCUGAGGGUCGUCAAUACGAAUACUGUAGUUCAAUCAUAAACGUGUAGUAGAUGUAUACGUGCUUAAAAUCUACUUUUCUGCCCGGUGAACACGCGAAAAUAAUAUUUGCUCCGACAACAAUCCUCGCUAAGCUAGAAAGAUCGCAAGUCAAUUCCACUGAAGGAGAAAGAAAAUUUUCACGUCUUGCCUUGGGAAUGGCAGCGUAAAUUUUUAAUGAGUAAAUAAGUACUUCUAUUAAGCAAACAUCUAUGAACCCCUCCGCUGUAAAAAUUUGGUUAUCUGCUUUCUAAGUAAACGAAAAUACAGACUUCUCUUUUAGCGAAAUUUACGUUUUCCGCGCGUGCUUUAUCUUGUGUAAUUUUCACGAGUAGGUACAUCUGAAGAAAAAAAAAACCGACUAGAUUUCAAAAACCAGUAAAUUUGAUCUAAUUUCGCCAAAAGGCUGGAGGUUACCUGGUAGUUUUAAGAUGGAGUUUAAGCUACAGGUAAGCCAGUUAUACAUAAAAAUAACCAAUUACGAGCAAGCCAUUCAAUACUGGUAAUGAAGUCAGUAGCGAAUGAGAAAAAGAUACAUGCUCGAGUUUUCGGAGUCCAACAUGAAAGACAAUGAAUCCUGCGAAAUUUACCAUCCCAUCUUAAUGACCAUUUGCGACGUGACCAUUGCUUUGCAAAUUAAUGAAUUUUAGUAUUUAAGGUUCAUUUUCUGUGAACAUAUUCGACAAAUUUCCUUACAAGUAAAGGAACUUAAUGAGAAUAAAGUUUGUAGAUUUUUCUUUGUAUCUAAUAAUUUACUGAUGUCCAUUUUUUUUUGUAGAAAUGCAGUAAAAACAUUUGUUGCAAAAGUUUUAUCCACAGUUUGGAAACAUAUUUUUCCUGGAAUAUUUUUAUUUUAUCUAUCUGUAAGUAGUAUUUCAUUAAGUUAACUGUUAACAACAUUUAGUUAUUUGGAUUUUUAUUUUUUAUUUUACCAAACCGAAUAACUGAAUUGUUUUUCAUUAUUGUAUUCUAAGUGAGUUAACAAUGUAACAACUUUCCAUCUAUUUAAUGGUUGUAACUCAUGUAUGUAUUUUUUUAUAAUUUUUUUAGAAAUAUAUUGUUUCAAUCUAUUAAAUAUUGUCACAUGUUUUGUGAAUAUUGGUCGUAAAAUCAUGUUUUAUUUAUUUUUAAAUUAUAACUUAAUUAUUCCAUAGUAGAUAUUGGUCUUCACUCAAUACAAUCUAAAAAUAUUUAGUUUUUUUGGUGGAUAUUGUUGGCAUAAAUGUUUUUAUACAACACUGUGAAUCAAAAGAGUUCCUUGUUUCCGCUCUUUACUAAAAUUAUUUCGUGAGACAUUAAGAAAAGUAGGAAUAUUAUUUAAGUGAGCCUUGAUAUGUAGUUGAAUCGUAAUGUGAAGAAAGAAAUCAUUAAAUGGUCUUUU